AUGGAAACUUUCCGCUUAUUCGCAACCCUUUUAUUUGUUCCCUUGCUGUCUUCCUCUUUAGUUUAUGGUUAUUCUUCGAAUGACAUCAAACUUUGGUGCAACCAAACUCCAAACCCUCAACCGUGUGAGUAUUUCUUGAGCAAUAAUCCCACUCACCAAUACACAUCCAUCAAACAAAAAUCCGAUUUCUUCAAACUUUCAUUGCAACUUGCUCAAGAGAGAGCUCUCAGAGGCCAUGCAAACACUCUCUCACUUGGCUCAAAAUGCCGUAACCCGCGUGAAACAGCUGCUUGGGCUGAUUGCGUUGAGCUUUACGAACAAACCAUUAGUAAACUCAACCAAACCGUAGACCCUAACACCAAGUGUUCCCAAGUUGACAUCCAAACAUGGCUUAGCACAGCUCUCACUAACCUUGAGACAUGCAAAGCUGGGUUCUAUGACCUUGGGGUUCAAGACUAUGUGCUGCCUCUCAUGUCCAACAACGUUACCAAGUUGCUAAGCAACACCUUGUCUCUUAACAAGGUUCAAUAUCAAGAACCAAGUUACAAUGGUGGCUUCCCAACAUGGGUCAAACCAGGCGAUAGAAAGCUGUUGCAAGCUUCUUCUUCAGCUUCUCGAGCUAAUGUAGUGGUGGCCAAAGAUGGGUCUGGUAAGUACACAACCGUCAGUGCAGCCGUGAAUGCUGCUCCAAAGAGUAGUAGUGGAAGGUAUGUGAUACACGUGAAAGCUGGGGUAUAUAAUGAACAAGUUGAGAUAAAAGCUAAGAACAUAAUGUUGGUGGGUGAUGGUAUGGGAAAGACUAUAAUCACUGGUAGCAAGAGUGUUGGAGGAGGCACCACAACCUUUCGUUCGGCAACUGUUGCUGUUGUUGGGGAUGGAUUUAUUGCUCAAGACAUCACAUUUAGAAACACUGCAGGAGCCAAAAAUCACCAAGCUGUUGCAUUGCGUUCUGGAUCAGACUUGUCCGUAUUUUAUAGAUGCAGCUUUGAAGGAUAUCAAGACACACUAUAUGUCCACUCCGAUAGACAAUUCUAUAGGGAAUGUAACAUCUAUGGCACAGUUGACUUCAUAUUUGGUAAUGCUGCUGUUGUGUUCCAAAACUGUAACAUAUUUGCAAGAAACCCUCCAAACAAAGUUAACACAAUCACUGCCCAAGGUAGAACCGAUCCAAACCAAAACACAGGUAUUUCCAUUCACAAUUCAAAGGUCACUGCUGCUUCAGAUUUGAAACCAGUCCAAAACUCUGUUAAGACUUAUCUUGGAAGACCUUGGAAGCAAUAUUCAAGAACAGUUUUCAUGAAGACUAAUCUUGAUAGUCUGAUCAAUCCAGCAGGUUGGUUAGAAUGGACUGGUAACUUUGCAUUAAGUACUUUGUAUUAUGGAGAGUAUAUGAACACUGGUCCUGGUGCUUCUACUUCUGGAAGAGUUAAAUGGCCAGGUUAUCAUGUGAUAACUAGAGCUUCCGAAGCCUCCAAAUUCACAGUUGGAAAUUUCAUCGCUGGAAACUCGUGGUUACCUGCCACCAAAGUGCCUUUUACCUCUACUCUGUGA